GUCCUUCACACAAUAACUUACCAACCAGCUCAUAGCCCUGCCAUUUUCUUCUCUUCCGUGCAGCCCUUCUGACCCUUUCGGCUCUCUUUUGUUCUUUUUGGGGGGCUUAAUCAUUGAGAGCUCCCUACAAAGGACUACCAAAUCCAACACCCAUAAAUUUGUUUCCUGGAGUUUCGGAUGAAAUACUCUCUCCGGAAUAGCGAUUUCUGCCAUGUCAAACAUACCCACAUCGCUCUCUGAAGUCUGCCUCGCCCUUUUCCGCCUCACCAUGUCCGUCGCCGACCCGUGGCCCUUUUCUUGAACACCACCGCACCCUCACGAAGCCCCGCUCCUUUCGGCGAAAACCCCAUUUCGUUUCACUCAACAAAACACAGACAUGAGAAAGAUCAGAGGCUUCAAGCUCGGAAAACGGCUGGUCCGGGCCUCCAAGUGGCUCCUCCGCAAAGUACGGGCCCGACCCGGAUACCGCCGGAUAAACCCGCCGUCGAGCAAGCCCAAGCCCAUCUCGAAACUCAUCACCUGGGGCCGGCGGUUGACAAACGGAGCGAAAACUCUGUGCUGCAGAAAACCGGGGUCGUGUUAUGUACCCGUGGGCUACGAGUCGCUGGAUAGGGAGAAGAAGGUGGCGGUACCGAAGGGACACCUGGCCGUGUACGUGGGGCAACAAGAUGGCGGCUUUCACAGAGUUUUGGUGCCGGUGAUUUACUUUAACCAUCCCUUGUUUGGUGAGCUUCUAAGGGAGGCUGAGGAGGAGUAUGGGCAUCAGCACCAGGGCGGGAUCACUAUCCCCUGCCAGAUCUCGGAUUUCGAGAGGGUCAAGACCCGGAUCGCAGCAGCCGGGUCGCGUGGUGUUGGUGGUCGGAUGCUGACGUGGAAGCGUCGCUAUUGAGAGAGGGGGGAGAGAGUAGGUGGUGGUGGACGAUGAAUUAUGAUGAUGAUGACGAUAAAAGAUUCGGAAACGAUUAUGUCCUAGAUUAAUUUGGUAGUGGGUUUGCUUUUUCUUUUUUCCUUUUGAUCUUUUAGACUUUUUGUAUCUUUCUUCGAUUUUCUAAAUGUUUUCUGAUAUUGAUUCAUGGUGUAAUGGAGACGUGGAGUAGUAAAUUUUAGAUGUAAAUCAGUAAAUACAUUAAAGGAUUUUUUUU